UUCCCUUCUCCAUCCUCUUGCACUUUAUGUGUUGUUGCCCGACACGCCGACUUUCACAAUCUUUUGCCCGUUUGUACUGUAUGUUACGGAGUACCCUGAGCUGUUCUCUGCUAUGCUCUUUUAAACAUUCUCCAUGCUCGCCGACCCGGCCUAGACCGUUGCAUCCAUUUUUGUCUGCCCUAGUUGGUUUUGUGCACUACAGUACUUGAGAGUACUCGGCAUCUUGAAUCCUGCGGCUACCUCCACUGCCAUCUCCAGGCUCCCAUCUGGUCUGGUCUAGAUGUUAGCCGUCCGGUUUGGAUUCUUAACCGCAUUUGUCGCACUCCGAUCAUUGUGAGGCAUUGCUCGCCAACUGUGGGCAUCUAUGUUCGGCCCUCCAGGUCCAACAUUAACCCGCCACUCGCGACUAGCAAGAUCCCUCAGAGGCAGCCAGCCAGCCUCUACGCCGCCUCUCGCCACAUAGCAACACCCUAACCACGACCACGACUUUUGCAUUGUCCAUGAGCCGCCUCACUACUUUGUGUACUUUCUCUACAAUCAUAAAUUUUCAGUCAACAUAUCAUGGCGGACAAUAAGGACGACGGGGCGACUCCCCCUAGGAGACAGAGAGCUCCUACCAUUACCAUUGACACAACCGCCGUCAGCGCGUCUCCCGAUGUCGGCGCACCUGCCGACAAGCCAGGUCAAGCACCUGUCCAGACAAGCUCGCCUAUAUCGCCGACAGAUGAUGGAAACUCGCCGACAACAAUCGUGGAGCCUUUGUCGCAAAGCUGGUCGCGAGGUCAACCCAGCAACGGAGGCCACUCAGCAAGCAGUUCUAUUAGCGGUCGACCCGAGUUUCACCCCAUGAGCUCCUUCGAAAGCAAUGCGAGUAGACCUACCAGUCCUCACAAUGUAUCCAGCCCGGUGGCAUCGAGGAGCCAAGGACAGACCCAGGGAUUCUUGGCAGUUCCCCAUAAUCAUAGGUCUCGCCAGAAUUCGGUAGAUUCUGAUGAUGGGUCGAGAUCAAUGGCAUCUCAAGGGGAAACCAUCGCCGUAUCUCCAUCGUAUACGACCGAGAAGGCGCCCAAGUCCACAGACCCCCUAACAAACGACAAGAUUAUGAACGACCCCGACGCUCUAAAGCCUGACGUGGGGAAGGAGGACACAUUUAAAGUGCAGGAUAACCCGUUCGCCUUCAGUCCCGGACAACUGAGCAAAAUGUUCAACCCGAAAAGUCUUGCUGCAUUCUACAAGCUGGGUGGUCUUUCGGGGUUGGAGAAGGGAUUGCGCACCGAUCGCAAGGCUGGUUUGAGCGCGGAUGAGCUCGGUCUUGAAGGCAGCGUUACGUUUGAGGAGGUUACGGGUCAGAAAUCGGAAAAGGAUACCGACGCAGGAGCAGACAAGCCCCAGGCACACCGGCCCAGGUCUGGCUCAGAGGAGAGCUUCGUCGACCGGAAACGGGUGUACAAGGACAACAGGCUACCGGAAAGGGCGGGCAAGUCCCUAUUGCAGCUCAUGUGGAUCACCUUCAACGACAAAAUCCUACUGCUCCUCUCUGGUGCGGCUGUUAUUUCUCUGGCGGUCGGUCUCUACGAGGCCUUUAGCCCCGACCAUGACCCCUCUAAGCAAAAGGUCGAGUGGAUUGAGGGAGUCGCAAUCAUUGUGGCAAUUGUCAUUGUGGUGCUUGUUGGGUCUUUGAACGAUUGGCAGAAGGAACGGCAAUUUGCCAAGCUCAACAAAAAGAAGACGGACCGGCCCAUCAAGGUUAUUCGCUCCGGAAAAGCUCAGGAGAUAUCGGUUCAUAACCUCCUCGUGGGUGAUGUUGUACACCUGGAAACCGGUGACUUGAUUCCUGUCGAUGGAGUCCUCAUCGAGGGGCACAAUAUCAAGUGUGACGAAUCCCAAGCAACAGGAGAAUCGGAUCUCAUCAAGAAGCGAAGUGCCGACGAAGUCUACGCUGCCAUCGAAAACAAUGGCGACUUGAAAAAGAUGGAUCCCUUUAUCCAGUCCGGCGCUCGCGUCAUGGAGGGAGUGGGUACGUUCUUGGUCACGGCCACCGGCGUCAACUCGAGUUACGGGCAGACCCUCAUGUCAUUGCAGGACGACCCGGAGAUAACGCCUCUGCAACAAAAGCUCAAUGUCAUUGCUGAUGGAAUCGCCAAAAUCGGAGGCGCUGCUGCGCUGCUUCUAUUCCUGGUCUUGUUCAUCAAAUUCCUCGUUGCUCUCCCCAAGCAACCUCCGGAGAUUACGCCUGCCAUGAAGGGACAGCAAUUCAUCCGCAUCUUCAUCGUCGUCGUCACAAUUAUUGUAGUGGCAGUACCUGAGGGUCUCCCGCUGGCUGUCACCCUGGCGCUUAGUUAUGCGACGAAAAAGAUGGUCAAGCAGAACAACUUGGUCCGGCAGCUCAAGGCCUGUGAGGUCAUGGGCAACGCGACCACCAUCUGCUCCGACAAGACAGGAACCCUGACUCAGAACAAGAUGAAGGUCGUCGAAGGCACCGUAGGUACCACCCACCGAUUUUCCGCCGACGACGUCAGUGUCAGCGACAGCGAGAACCCGUCAUCCCCUGAUGUUAAGCCUCUGAGCCCGACCGAGUUUACCGGACUGCUGAGCCAGCCAGUCAAAGAAGUGCUUUUGAAAUCCAUCGUGCUCAACUCGACUGCUUUUGAGGGUGAGGUUGAUGGUGAGCAGAGCUUUGUCGGUUCCAAGACGGAGACGGCCCUGUUACUAUUUGCUCGAGAGCAUCUUGCCAUGGGUUCAGUCAGUGAGCAGCGAGCAAACUCGAAGACUCUGCAACUGAUUCCAUUCGACUCCGGCCGCAAGUGCAUGGGAAUAGUUGCGGAGCUCCCCAAAGGUGGUGCGCGCCUGUACGUUAAGGGUGCCUCGGAAAUUUUAUUGGAGAAAUGUACACAAAUCAUGAGGGACCCUUCGAAGGAUGCCACCACAGCCACCCUCACGGACGAGAACAGGACCGGACUCAACACCCUCAUCGAGAGCUACGCCAAGAAGUCACUCAGAACCAUUGGUAUCUGCUACCGCGAUUUCGACCGCUGGCCCCCGGCACGCGCCAGGCGCAACGAUGGCGAGAACGAUGAGGUUAAGUUCGAAGACAUUUUUAAACAAAUGACACUGCUCGGAAUCGUUGGAAUAAAAGAUCCUUUGCGAGACGGUGUCCGUGAAGCCGUCAAAGACUGCCAGCGAGCCGGAGUUGUGGUAAGAAUGGUUACAGGCGACAACGUCAUGACUGCCGAAGCUAUCGCCCGCGACUGUGGUAUUCUGCAGCCCGAUAGCAUCAUCAUGGAGGGUCCCAAGUUCCGAAACCUUUCCAAGCGCGAACAAGAGGAUGUGGUUCCCCGCUUGCACGUCCUGGCUCGGUCCAGCCCUGAGGACAAGCGGGUCAUGGUUAAACGCCUCAAGGAUAAGGGUCAUAUCGUGGCCGUGACUGGUGAUGGAACCAACGACGCUCCAGCCCUGAAAAUGGCCGACGUUGGGUUUUCGAUGGGUGUAUCCGGUACUGAAGUCGCCAAAGAGGCCUCAGCCAUUAUCCUUAUGGAUGACAACUUCACCUCCAUUGUGGUAGCCCUGCGUUGGGGUCGCGCUGUCAACGAUGCUGUCAAGCGCUUUUUGCAGUUCCAGUUGACCGUCAACGUGACCGCUGUCCUGCUCACCUUCGUAUCCGCCGUUUCAAACGACAGACAAGAGUCGGUCCUGACAGCAACACAGCUUCUAUGGGUCAACCUCAUCAUGGAUACGCUGGCGGCGUUGGCUCUCGCAACUGAUCCCCCUCAUCCAACUGUCCUGGACCGCAAGCCGGAGCCGCGUGGUUCGCCAAUCAUUUCUGUCACAAUGUGGAAGAUGAUUCUGGGACAAGCGCUGUACCAGCUCGGAAUUACCUACCUGUUGUACUUCGGUAGGCAGAGGGUACUUCCAGCUUACGACCAUGACGUGCAGGAUGAUCAGAUCGCCACGCUUGUCUUCAAUACGUUCGUGUGGAUGCAAAUCUUCAACCAGUGGAAUAAUCGCCGGCUGGAUAACCGUUUCAACAUCUUGGAGGGGAUCACAAAGAAUCCCAUCUUCAUCGCGAUAAGCUUAGCUAUGUGCGGAGCUCAGGCCCUUAUCACCAACUAUGGAAGCUUUGCGUUCAGCAUUGCCGAGGCGGGACAGACACCGGCCAUGUGGGGAUACGCAAUUUUCUUGGGAUUCCUAUCGAUUCCCUUUGGCAUGAUCAUUCGACUUAUCCCUGAUGCCUUUGUUGCCAGCCUUGUCCCCGAGUCUCUACGGCGCAGGGCGCGCAGCAAGGUGCCAGGCGUCACAGUUUCUGAUGACGAGGAACGAUUCCAGGCUUACCCAGAGCCGUUCUCUGACGUUAGAGACGAGCUCGCGUUUAUCAAGCGCGUCAAGGGUGGUCGACUCAACAAUCUCAAGUACUCACUCAAGAACCCGCGCGAGGCCUUUAUGCCCAGGUACAAGAGCCCAUCAGGCUCGCGUUCGCAUUCGAGAUCUCACUCGAGGAGCGACUCCAUCCCCAUGCCGACCACCCCGACAAGGGCAGACAGUAUCAGCUCAUUCGCCGCCACUCCCGACUCGAGACGACGAUCCAAGUCGUCGCGAUCAAGGUCCAAUUCGGCUUUGGGCGCGGCGACAGUCAUGGCCGGUAUCGUUGCGGGUGGCGUUGGUGCUACGUGGUCGCCGAUAGACCGAGACCGCGACUUUGGUGUGUUCCCAACGAGGCAACCGUCUCCUCUGAACAAGCGCCAAGACAGCGAUCCGAUGGAUGGGGCGGGUGCUUCGACUUCUAACGUCAGCGGCAUGAGCGUCCCGGAGGAGCCCAACGAGGACAAGGCUGGAGGAUCCACCGUCCCCAAGCUCGGGGUUCCCAAACCCCCACCAGGACGCCAGUCUCAUGAAUCAAGCAAGGAGUAGUGAGCUACAGCAGUACUGUUUUUGGCUACACAGCCUUCGCAUUAUCAGGAAUUUUUUGAUGGCUAUACCAAUACCUUUACACAAACCAUUACUGCCACCACUACAUUUCCCGAACUUCGCAGCACAGCACUCUGUAUGCCACUUUUGUAAAUCAUGUACCUUUAGCUUUUUUUCUCCUUUCUGAUUCUCCUCUUCUCACCUUUGAUCUCGCUCUGAGUAGAACGCAACUCUCUGAAUCUGAAGAUGAGGUUUAGUUUGGUUUGUUCUUCAUAAGGCAUUAAAUCUUUUUUUUUUCCUUUUUUCCUUUUUGGCACGGCGUUCGGCGUUGAUCAAGUUACAUUAUUUGGGGAAGAGGUGCAAAUCACUCGAGUGUAAGGGAGAGAAAAAGAAAAAGGAGGAAAAAAAAAAAAACACCGAGAAAAAAAUGAGGACCGAAAAAAAAGAGCGAAGACAUGUGUUUGAGAUGCAAAU